AUGUACACAACACCUCAGAGGCAUCCGGGCGACACCCAGCGACAGUAUUCGGUCCCGCCGCCUCCGUCCAUGUCGCCGCCGAUGGCCGUCAACCAGAUGAACAACAUGAUGCCCCUGCCACCGCCGCCCCCUCGAUAUACUGUUGCAACAGGUGUCCCAGGAACACAGGGCCAUAUGAUACCUCCUCCUCCCCCUCCUCCUCUCAGCGCUUCCAGCCAGCAGGCAUGGUUUAGUAGUGGAUAUGUUCGCAUGAACGAUAAUCGCUUCCCCCCACCGCCGCCUCCCCUGGGCCAAAAACAGCUGCAAACAUACAACCCUAGGGAUCAUGCGCCAUAUCCUACAGCACAGAUUGUGUCUGUACCGCCGCCUGUGGCGCCGGCACCCCUGACCAGUGCUACCUAUGUUCCUAGUGGUGAUACCUUCGGGGAGGGUGUAGGCAUUCCGGGGUUUGGCCUUGGCCCUGAUGACCUUUCAGCAUCGGCGGUGCCUCAAUCGCCGAACUGGGCCUAUGAAGGCACAGAUACACUGGGGACAAUGGGCACACUAGGCACUCUGGGGACGUUAGAUAUGUAUGGAAAGACACCUCCUGUUACCGUGACGAUAUCAAACGAAUUAGCCGCCCAGUGGCCGUUGGAUACGGUUCUUAUUUGGCUGGCACACCACCAAUUUUCCAAGGAGUGGCAGGAAACCUUCAAAGCCCUCAAUCUUUACGGAUCGAAAUUUCUUGAAAUCGGGAUUCAUCAACAAAAUAGCCGUGGGUCUGCGAGUAUGAUGCACCAGUUGGUGUAUCCCAGGCUGAAUGAAGAAUGCGUUCGGAGUGGUUGUACAUUUGAUCAAGAGAAGGAAAGAAAGGAGGCAUCGCGAAUGAGGCGACUGAUCCGAUCGAUUGUUUCAUCCGGCAGGCCUGAUGGAUCCAAUGCCACUCCUGGAUCAGGUUUCAGGGACUCUCAAGGAACAAGUAUUCCUAGCGAGGCCGGCGAUUCCCCUAUUACACCGGCCCACGCACCUGGGCCCACGCUUCUAGAUAAGCCAGCAGGAAGUUUCUCGGAGAGCCGGCCGCAGCUCAAACCACCAACCGGCUUGGACCCCGGUUCGAUGGUGUCGGAUUUCCAUCGCCAAGUGUUAAAGAGCCUUGAUUCCGAACAUUCGUUUGGCAGUCCUAAAGGCGAGCAUGGAGAGUUUACUGGCAGUCCCUUCCAGCUGGGCACCACGUUAAUAUCUCCGUCACCAACCAAUACCGAAUUUCAACAUCGUCGAGGACGUAAUAGCACCGACUCUACAUUCUCAAUGGGACAAGGGAACUCGGCCGAUGCUUCAAGUUCAAAAGGUUUGAAUUUCCCAGAUAAGUUCACACCCGCAGGAAACACCGAGCGUCCAAAACAAUCUCCUCUGGACUCGGCUGAGCGAUCUGCUGGAGGAGAAACCCCGGGCUGGCAGCAAGGCCUCACUAGGAUCUUUCGUACACGUGCCAAGACUCCAAAGGACGAACGAGAGUCACCUGGGGAGGGUGACUCGCCAACAGAUCCAAUGAAUCGCGAUAGGGAUGACGCCGCUACCAUGAGCCGGCCUGGUGUUGCAACAACCAAUACGAACAACAACACAUUCACCAUUGUCAAGCGUACGAGGAUUUAUGUGUUGGUGACUAUGGAUUUCUGGAACUAUCGCAUGUGUGAUGUCACUACUGCGUAUACCGCAGCCGACCUUCGCAGAGAUAUCUGUGCCUCCCUUGGAUUGCACGAUAGCGAGAACUUCCGAAUUCAUCCGACCGAGCUGGGGAGAUUUGAGCACCUCACGCCUCUUGCCGACCAAGAACUUUUGACCUUGAAGCGUAACAAGGCUGAUACUAUUGGAACGCUUAAAUUCUUCGUUGCUCCGUUGAGCCAACCAAGUGGGAACUGGCGGCUCUCCAAUGGCUCUAACAAUGGCUCUAAUAAGGUCUCCCAUCCGACCACCCUUUCACCUGGUUAUCUUCCACCUGGUGCAUCUGUGGAUGAUAGCAAGAAUCCUCGCAACAGAUCAAAGCCAUCGCCGGGGACAAACUUAACAGUCGACACCAGUCUGGGUAAGAAUGGUGAGGAGAGGAGGUCUCCUAGUGAGAGAAAGGACGAGCAGCGGAGGAAGCAACAAGUGAAGGCAAGCCCGAGAUCACCCGAAUCAGCGACAAGCAUCGUUGGGAAGCGGCACGUUGACUUCAAUCAACCGCGAAUGUCGCCUUUCGAGGAGAAGGAGAAGAAACAUGAUAUUAUGUUCCCGCAAAGGAGCCCCCCUGCCCCGCCUUCGGAUCCCUCUGCCACCCUGAUUAAAGCCAACUCUCUUUCAAAGCCAAAGGGUGCAAAUCGUCGGUCUGCAAACCGCAUCUCGGAUGGCUUCAUAACACCAAGAGUGCCCUACGAAAAGAUGUUAGAGAAGGAUAAGAAAUAUAGACCGUUGCCGCCUAGCGCGAUGAAGAAGGACAUUGGUUCGAGCGGAUCGCCUGCAUUAGGAUCGUCGAAAUCUCCCGGAUUUACAUCUCCGCAAAAGUCAGCGACAAAACCAGAAUUUCAACCCGCUGAUCACAAUUCCGGAUCAACAAGCGGGAGCCAGAAGAUAUUAACCCCGACAGCUGAUGAAAACAGCGAUCCGACGCCCUGGGAAGAAUUCUCAGGAGGGGCCUUCACGAAGACAAUAACUUCUCCAACUCCAGAGCCGGAUGCAGAUGGUAGUGAUGAUUCUGACGACGGUCUGUUCGCGAUUAUGCCGAACAGAGGCAAUAAGGGACCUGCGAAGAAGCUUGGGCGGGCUCCAUCGAAACCAAAGACCCCCAAGUCCGCGUUGUUAGGCAACAGCUCAAACCGGGAUCGAGAUAGGAAGGUCCUGUCUGUUAAUUUCAGCACCGCUUCGCCCAAAUCGCCUGAAUUCCGAGAUGGCGAUGGCGGUAGUGCUCGUCGUCCUCGCCGCUCUGAUGCCGAAGCGAAAAAGCUGAAGAGGGGAUCAUUUAUUGAGAUGGAGAAGGAUAUGGAUACAUGGGCUAACCGUCCUCCCACCGAUGCUCUGAUAAACAAUCUGGAUGACUUCUUCCCUAACCUUGAUCUUGAUGCCCCUGUCAUUGAGGAAACUGGGGAAGGAGGAAUGGCAACCUCGCCUAUUACUCCCGAUGACGAUGAUAUAGAGAGAAUUGACCAGGCCGGGAAAAGGAGCCCAGCAUCGUCAACUGCCGGGCCAUCCUCAGCCAAAAACCCGGAAUCCGAUGGAGCGUUUGGACCUGGAAAGUCCUUCCUGGACAAUGACAGUGACACUCUGGGCUCUGACGAAUCAACACUCAAAGCAUUAGAGCGACCCAUGUCGAUGCAUAGCCAUAAGAAGUCCAAUAGUAACGCGAACCGACGUUCUAUGGGGCUUGGGCGGAAGAACACCAUUCGUGACAUUGCCAACAAACGGUAUACUCGAAACAUGCAAAACUACGGAACGAACACAAGCAAAUCAACCGACAAGGAUAAGAUUAUGCGACGCAAGAGCACCAAAAUGUUUAACGCCAACAUUGUUCAGAUCAGGCCCGACGAGGCGAGCCCGAUGAUGCCAGCCAUACCUAUGUCACACGAGCACGAGCCUAUGCCAAAGCGACAAACGACUUUCCGAUGGUUCAAAGGUCAGCUUAUUGGUAAGGGUACCUACGGGCGAGUAUACCUAGGAAUGAACGCCACCACUGGUGAAUUCUUGGCCGUGAAAGAGGUGGAAGUCAAUUCCAGGGCGGCUGGCGGCGACAAGGAGAAGAUGCGAGAGAUGGUUGCAGCUCUUGACCAGGAAAUCGACACCAUGCAGCAUCUGGAUCACAUGAAUAUUGUGCAGUACUUGGGUUGCGAGCGAAAGGAGACCAGCAUUAGCAUCUUCCUCGAGUAUAUUUCCGGUGGUAGCAUCGGAUCGUGCCUACGCAAGCAUGGAAAAUUCGAGGAGUCCCUUGUCUCCUCGCUGACACGCCAAGCUCUGGCUGGACUGGCAUACCUUCACCGAGAAGGCAUUCUGCAUCGGGAUCUCAAGGCAGACAAUAUUCUACUUGAUCUUGAUGGCACCUGCAAGAUCAGUGAUUUUGGUAUCUCCAAAAAGACGGACAACAUCUAUGGCAACGACAAGACGAAUUCCAUGCAGGGCUCGGUCUUCUGGAUGGCGCCUGAAGUCAUUCGUUCGCAAGGAGAGGGCUACAGCGCCAAGGUUGAUAUUUGGAGUUUGGGAUGUGUAGUAUUGGAAAUGUUUGCUGGUCGCCGGCCCUGGGCGAAUGAAGAAGCUGUGGGUGCAAUCUACAAAAUCGCCAACGGAGAAACACCACCGAUUCCCGAAGAGAUUCAGGAGACCAUUGGUCCACUGGCAGUCGCAUUCAUGAUGGACUGUUUCCAGGUAAACCCCUCGGAACGGCCUACGGCGGACAAAAUGCUCUCGCAGCAUCCAUUCUGUUUCGCAGACCCUGAAUUCAGGUUCGAAGAUACUACGCUGUAUGCAAAGAUCAAGGGUAUGGCUGGUUGA